GAUGUAUAACUCCACCGGAACAAAAUGACUGUGGUUCUGUGUGGUUCCGAACUCCAGAGUCUGCUAGCGCAUACGGAAGGUCUGUAUUCGUCUAGCUGACGGCGUCGCCAAAAUAAUUACUCUUUUUUUUUCGAAGGACAUAAACCAUGGACCUAAACUAGGCCGCAUUGACUGAGUGACAGAUCUUUUCAGUGUUUUACUUUGUGCUAUGCGAUCGUACCCGUGUGGGACUACAUGAAAGAGAAGGACCUUAACUUGUGAUAUACUUGUCCACUUUGCUUUCUGAAACUUGGAAAAAGGAAUAAAGACAAGAUGAAUGGGUCUCCGGCCCGGCAACCGGCUCGUCUUUCUGGAAGCGGAGGGCACCAGAACGCGGCCUUCGAACCCGAUACGUACAUUGAACCUGUUAUGAUUGACGAUCAACCAACACAUCCCAAGGCCGGCGCAACACAAAAUGGAGGAAGAGACAAUGCUGGUUUCCAGUCGGGCGAACCCGCAGUUCUUAAUGUAAACAGCGAUACAAAUGGCUACACGGGACUGGACAAUACGCAUUUAUACCAGGACCUCACUCCUAACGGACAUUCGAACUCUAAACCUUCUCAAAAGAACGGACACGUGCCACAAGGCAAUGCAUACGAAUUCGAGGGAGAAACCGGCCAAGAAGUCCACGAAUAUGAGUAUCCAGACGCUCCUGUCAACAGCAUCAGCGGAAAUGUCGGCAAAGAUGGCAGACCGUACGGAUUCGGUCGCCAAGAGUCGUACAUGUUCAAGGGCCAAACGGAACGGGACAGAACUCGCGAAGAGAGAGAAAUCGGCAAGCAUAAAUCACACUGUUCGAGGAUCUGUGCCGUACUUGUCGCAAUUUUGAUUUUGAUUAUCAUCGGAGCAAUUAUCUUUGUUGUCUUCGAGUUCAUAGUAAAUAAACCAGAUGAUGUCACAACAACAACUCAGCUAUCACGUAAGUUUACCACGACCACGGCAUUACCGCCAGCCCAAAUAUAUAUGGUCACCACUUCAGCAAUGGCCACAUUAGAUUUGGUUUACUCGACGGCUCUGGCCAACCCGAAUACAACCGAAUAUCGAGAACUUGAAGCAAAUUUUACAUAUUCGGUGGAAACAGCUUUCCAAAAUGCAGAGAUGCCCGAUGUGACGUAUGAGGGAGUAAUUGUCAAUAGUUUCAGUUCGGGUAGCGUCGUGGUAAAUUUUGACGUCCUGGCUAGCCAUACACAGAACACGCCGCCGGGUCAGGCCGCGGAGCAAGUCGCAAUAAAUGCGGUUGAGCGCGAAGUCACUGUGGUUCUAACAGCACUCACUGAGGACAACUUGUCUGAUCUACCAUUCAUGAGCUUCAAUGUAACCGGGUCAGAAAUUGUUGUUACUUCGACACCGGAACCAACAACUUCUCAGCAGCCAACAGAAGAGAUAACUACCGAGGCUAUGAGCACAUCCAUUGUGACCACGCCUCCUACCACUACCACACUACAUUAUUGCAGUCCAUUUGUCACGCCCACAGUCAAAACAGACACACCCACGUCCACUGCCACGCUUUCUUCUCAGACCACGCUCAUCAGCACUACCACUCCUUCAAUCCCUGAGACUCCUUCAACAGUGGCCACAUCGAAUGCUCCCUCCACCACUGUCACGCCUUCAUCUGCGACCACAGUCCCCAUUUCAACUACUCUUUCCUCAGCUUGCCAACCGGAUGAGACUGUAUGUACGGAUGGGGUAGGGUGUGUAGCAUACACCCAAUUCUGUGAUGGCACAGAACAGUGUCAGGAUGGCUCAGACGAACAGUUUUGCACAGGAGCAAAUUGUAAUGAAACCGAAUUAGCUUGUCUCGACCAAACCGAAUGUUAUCCUGCUGAUAAGAUUUGUGAUGACGAAUUCGAUUGCACUGACGGAUCAGAUGAAAACUUCUGCUCAUCGUGUAAUGAAUCUACAUGCUUUGAUGGUGUAGAGUGUUAUCCAUACACUGGGCUAUGUGAUGGAAAUGAUGAUUGCACAGAUGGCUCCGAUGAGCAAUUCUGCAGCUCUUGCCCUGUUGGUCAAAUGUUUUGUAAUGACGGUUUCCAGUGCUAUGAUGACUCCGGGUUAUGUGACGGUAAUCAGGAUUGUACCGAUGGAUCUGAUGAAUCGUUCUGUACCUCUUGCCCUGUUGGUCAAAUGUUUUGUAAUGACGGUUUCCAGUGCUAUGAUGACUCUGGGUACUGUGACGGUAAUCAGGAUUGUACCGAUGGAUCCGACGAAUUAUUCUGUACCUCAAACUGUGAAACCAACGAGCUUGCAUGCUUUGAUGGAAGUGGCUGCUAUGUAUAUCCGGACCAGCAAUGCGAUGGAAUAUCUCAGUGUAUAGAUGGCGAGGAUGAACUUUAUUGCCCAGGUGUAUGUACCCCGGAUGAGUUAGCGUGCGCGACGGGCGAUAAGUGUUACAAUGCAACGUAUCAAUGCGAUGGAAUCCAAGAUUGUGAUGACCAGUCAGACGAACAAAAUUGUGCAUCGGAACUGAUCGUGAUAAACCUAGCUGACUUGUCGGAUCCAUAUUACCUAAAUAGUCCCAACUACCCCGAGAAGUAUCCACUAAAUACCAAUCAGUCUUGGCUCUUUAUUGCUUCAUCUGGAAACAGACCGAGGAUCGAUGUAAGCGAUAUGUACACGGAACCCAACCGAGACCUCCUAAGCUUCUACUCGGCCGAUGGUCCGACGGGGCAACCACUGGUGCUCUCGGGUGCGAUGACCCGCUCAGGCAUCAUCAGCUACCAAUCAAGCAGCGAGUAUCUCUACGCAACCUUCACGUCUGACAACGCCGUGUCCGUCCGCGGCUUCUAUGCCGGUGUCACCCAGGAGUCGGCGACUGCUGUGCAAUGUGCUUCGACUCAGUACGACUGUAAUGACGAAAUGGUUUGUAUGCCGACAGACAAGACCUGCUCAUGUCCUCUGCCUCCUUCCGAUUGCAAUCCACCAACAGACUGUUUUUCGUGUGACAGUGGUAAAUGUAUUCCAUUCGAAGAAGAAUGUGACGGCGAGAAUCAAUGUGCAUUCGGAGAGGAUGAGAGAAACUGUAUGCAGAGAUGCGAAAGCUUCUUGUGCAAUGAUGGGAUCUGUGUGGCCAACUCGACCGUGUGUGAUUACGUUGAUGACUGCACAGGAGGGGAAGAUGAAUCGGGCUGCUCUUAUCCCGUUGGUGAAGAAACUAUAGACAUAAUUUACGGGGAUGUUCCCUAUCCGUUGACGUCAUACGGAUAUCCUGCCGAAUACCCGAAUAAUGUACUAUACAGCUGGAAAUUCAUUGCUGGAACUGGUUACAAGAUUCGCCUUCAAUUUACAUCCUUCUCCACGCACGAUGCCAAUGAUUACGUCUUAAUUGGAGAUGGUGACGUCAUUGGUAGUGAUCCAUUUCUGCGGCUCUACGGCGGCGGGUUUGUCCCGGAAGAGAUUCUAUCACAAGGCGGUGACAUUUGGAUCACCAUGGUAACGGACAGAAAUUUUAGGUCCACCGGAUUCUUGGCCCAUAUCACAUCUGUGCUCCAAAAUGAGGUUCUCGGAGCAUGCGCACCUUCCGAUAUGCUAUGUGGGAAUCACUUGUGCAUCAAAGCAGAAAGGCUUUGUGACGUCACUCCGCAUUGUGUUUUAUCCACUUUUGAACCCGGCUGCCCUGCCCGGAUAGAUCUUAGCGGCACCAGCCAACAAUAUCAAUCUGUGACGUCACCUUUCCUGACGCUCUACAGCGCCAACUUCCCCGCCCUGUACGACAACGACAUCGACGCCACCGUCUACCUGACGGCGCCGGCCGGGCAACGUAUCCUCGCCGCAACGCGUCAAUUCGACAUCGAGGCGGAUUACGACUUCCUUACGUUCUACGAGGGACACGGCACCGAUUCCAAUGACCAGAUCGCUAGGAUCAGCGGGCUGUUGCCGAAUCAGGUCAUCAUGUCGACCGGGAACCAGAUGACGAUCGUGUUCCAGAGCGACUAUUCUUUUAGCUUAUAUGGGUUUAGGAUCGAAAUUGAAGGACAGGCGUCUGACGGUUCAUGUAACAGUGACGAGUUCAGCUGUAUGAAUGGCCAGUGUCGGCCCAAUAAUCUUGUUUGCAACGGAGAGAUAGACUGCAUUGACUUUUCGGAUGAAGACAAAUGUCCUACAUGUCAGCCAGUCCCAUCCGAGUGCUCCAGCGUUCUCCCGUGGACCACGACCGUGUUCCCCAACGCCCGCUACCAGUCGGAGUCUGAUGCCCUUCAGCGGUAUGCCGAACUGGAGUCCACUGCGCUCUCCUGCGACCCCUCCGGUCAGCUGCUCCUCUGCGCCGCGCUCUUUCCAGAAUGCCCACACUACGGUACGACGAGGAAUCUGUGCCCGUCGGUCUGCGAAGCGGUGAUCGACAACUGCCCCAUGUUGUCGGAGCUGUCCAAUGCGUGCUCGGGAAGCACGAUGGUCGAUGCUAACAACGGCAAUCCACUCUGCGAGGCCCGAAAUGGAGAUCCACUUGACACGAUGGUGUGUGGCACCCGACCGGGCUACCAGGGAGAUUCGGAGGUACAACCCCGCAUCAUUGGCGGCACUUAUGCCGAGAUGGGAGAGUUCCCUUGGAUAGGGUCGUUAAGGACACUACGGGGCGAUCUACAAUGUGGGGCCACACUCCUCAAUGAGUACUGGGCCGUCACAGCUGCUCACUGCACUGGUGUCUACGAGGAAAUCGUUUUCGGAGACAUAAAAAUCGACACAGAAAGUAGUUACAGUGUUUCACCGAACAUUGCCGAAAUCAUCGACCACCCCAACUACUUUUCGACGACGGGCGGCGACGACAUCACUCUUAUUCGAUUUUCAGAAGCAGUCGUGUUCAAUGACUACGUGCGGCCGAUCUGUCUACCAAGUAACGUCAGUGAGACUCAGAUCUAUAGACGAUGUUACGCUGCUGGCUGGGGAGUCAUCGUGUCCGAUGGAGAAGAUGCUUCCAAUGAUCUUCUCAAGGUCUUGCUUGGAUCAAUUGAGAAUGAUGCAUGCGGGAAAAUUUAUGAUGACAUUAUACCCUCUAAGAUAUGCGCUGGUUAUUCAGCAGGCGGCUAUGACAGUUGUCAGGGUGAUAGCGGGGGACCUCUGUCGUGUGAAGGCGAUGAUGGCCGAUGGCAUCUUGUUGGCAUUACGAGCUAUGGGACGGGUUGUGGUGAUCCUGGGUUCCCUGGAGUCUACACACGUGUAUCAUCCUUCCUCGAUUUCAUUGAAGAUAACAUCACGCCCACGUCAUGAGUUCAUGUAUUAGGGUAGGCUGGGUAGCAGUAAAGACAUUGAAUUGGUGGCUUUAAAUAAUAAUUGUAGACUAUAGAAAAUACGAAAGCCAUUGGAAAGGAAUAAAUUCCCAUUCUAAAGGAGUUAUUCUAAAGCAUUAUGACAACAUGUGAUAUAUGAUCGUUGCUUGUUACUGUUAUGAUACGCGAUAUCCGUAAUUCGUCGUAGUUGAAUAAAUAACAUGUCUACCAUAACAAACCAGUUAUCCUUUGUUAUAUACCAUUACUAGGACACUCAAACUCAUCAGUAACCACUAUUAUACGCAACAUUUCUUUCUCAAGUGUGAUGGGUAUACCAGUGCGUUCUAUAUAAAAGAAAUCGAAAAUGGGACAUUCAUGUCAUAACUCUUUCUUUAUACAUGAUUAAUGGACCGUAGAAAAUUACCUACAUUCAAAGCAUCAUCUAUAAAGAUAUUUAAACUUUAUCUGAAUGGUUUUUAUCCAUUACCCUCCAUUCACCACACUGAGCACAAUGGAUGUGCCAUUAUUACCAUUAUUUUGUGAUAAUUUAACAACUUUCGUAUAUAUAUAUAUAUAUUUCGUAUAUAUAUGCCGUAAUGGAUGAAGGCCUUUAAGAGUACGUAGUUCGCUUUAUUAUUGGAUUAAUUCCUGAACUCAAUUUUUUGUAUUGGCGAUUGAAAUGUAUAUGGUCUUCAUUAACAAUAUUAAAUGAUAUAAAUUUAUAAGUGCCUGAUAUAUAUGAGAUAUAAAACUAUCUGGUACUCAAAUCCAUAUAUUUUGUGUAGACCUAUCUGUAAUUGUUAUAGUUAUACUGAAAAUAAAGACAGGUACCUAUAUACCUGUAAGAAUAUAUUGAUUAUUCAAGUCUUACUGCAUGGUUAUACCAAUAAUGAAUAUAACAGAAAGGUUCCAGCAGCAACACAAAAUGCUUUUAUACACUGCUUAAAUAAUUCAUUUCUUUUUGUACAGAUGUGCCAUACCUACUUGAUUUAUGGUAGAACAGUGUACUCGUAUUUUAUUACCAAAAUAAAAAAUAAUGAAAUACAAUGCUUCCAUUAUAGUAAAGGUUUUGACAAUCUUUACGAACAGUACAGAAAGAAAGGUAUACAGAAGAAAUAUAAUUCUUCUAAUUCUAUAAUUUACUUAAUUUUUCUUAUCACUCAGUUACCUUAUUCAUAAUAUGAUUAAAUUAAAUCUUUAAUUGAACAAAAACACAAAAAGUGUGUAAAAAAAAAAAUGUGACUAAUUCGACUAUAGAUGCACAAUCAAACUGUGCUUGUUAUUAAUUAACUGUGUAUAUAUUGCCCUUAGAAAUGUUUUAAAAUGUUGCCGAACAUUUCUCAAAUAGCAUUCGCUGUAUCUCAGUUUGGUAAUGCAUACAUUCAGAAUGAUUAACUUAUCAACAGGCAAAGCGGAGUAAUUGUUAAAUAAAAUGUUAUUGAAUUGAUUUAUAAGUUUUAUAAUCCUGAUAUUUUUUUAUUCUAACGAAUCGUUGAUUAAAACAAUUAGUGCAAUAGAAAAUGAAUCUUUCAAGGGGUAGUUGAAAAUUCUUAGGGAAUCUCUGUUUUGUUUGCCCGUCAACUCUAAAUCGCGACGCAACUAUAUGUAUAUUUGUAACUCCUGCGAGUCGAUUCUAUUUCCUGAAAUCGCUCCUUAAUAUUCAUUAGUAAGGAACUAAAAAUAGAAACAUAAAAGCAUCAAAACGUUACUUCUUAUCCCACACUGUAUAGUAUAUGUAUUUUUCUAAUGGAAAAUUUAGUUUUAAAAUGUUUCCUCAAUGAUCUUGUUUGAAAAUAUUACUAUUGAGAUAUGUUUUAUAUCAGAAAAUGCAUCUAGAUCUUGUUUGCAUAUAUAUCUUUGUCUAUAUAUUCACUACAUGGUGCCACUUUAUUAUGCCAAGUAAUGUAAUACUGGUGAUGUGAUUCCCUUUUAUUGUUGUUUUCUCAUGUAUUUCGUAGUAAGAGGCAGGUAUUUGAUUCAUUGAUUAAAAUCACGAUUUCACAGUUUUGUAUUCUAAAUGUUUAUCAUGAUGAAAUCUCUAACAGGAAAAUAAUAGUGCAGGUAUGACUUUUUAAAUAAAAAUGUAUAGCUGAGUUUUGUAUUCAACGUAAAGAUUACCAAUUUCGUAAGUGUAAAAAAAAAAGUAAAAUGGUUGUAAUUUCAUGACUUAUACAUAUGUAAAUUUAUCAAUGCUAAUGCUUACGUCUUUCUGAAAUCGUUAACAAUUGUGUCUUUCAUUUAGAUGUGUGUAUAGAAAAUUGUCUUUCAUGAAUAAUGUGUCUUUCCAAUGAUUUAUGAAAAUUGUUUUAUAUUACCGAAGUUCUUGAACGUUAGUUCUCUUUUCUUUUAAUUGGAAAAUGUAAUUGUUUUCUUUUUCAUGGUGCGUCUCAUUUCAAUUCCUUUUUUUAAAUAUCUGCAGAUUACCUCACUCAAAAAAAAAAAAAAUUGGCGUAUGAAAUGUUCGCGAAGAUUUUGAGUGGUUUUACGAUUCGCGAUAAGUUACAAAUCGCGAAACUGUGAAUCACAAUUGAUAUAAGACUGAAUAUUUACGAUUCGCGAAUUAAGUUUUUCGCUGUGAAAAGUCUCUGGUUUUAUGAUAUAUGCUUCUCUUCUUUUCUCCAAUGAAGUUUUACGUAUUCCUUCUUUUCCGUUUCUGCUUCAUUACAUCGUUCUUUCAGCUGUUGUAUGUUUUGAUUCCUUCUAUCUGUAUAUAUAGUGCCGGAUAUAGUGUAACAAUGGAACCUCCUUUUAUAUAAAGAAUAUAAAUGUAGUUUUAACAAACUCGCAUCAUCAUAGGGUGUUUGCUGGUCUCACUUCUUUCCUUUGUAUUUGUACCCCUCCCUCCCUCUCUCUCUCUCUACCCCCUUCUCUCUCCCCCUCCCUCUCUAUGUUAUAUUGAAAUAACCAGAUUUCUAAAUAACGAUGUCCGAAGAGUUUGUGAUAAUAAGUCCCAUUGUAUAUUACUAGUAAUAAUUGUGAAUUUUGAAUCUCCUGAUUAUGUAAUCAUUCGUUCAGGUACAUUUAUAUUCCUUAACAGAACUUAUUUAAUGUCAAUACGCCCGGUGUUUCCCUCGGUAUCAACUUUCGAGCCGCUGGAAUGGGAAAUAUUUGAAUCUGAUUGUAUUUGAUCUCCGUAUGUACUUUUGAAAUUAGUCUUUUUAGGCAGUAUAGGUGUUUUCUUCAUUGAUACAUUCCCAUCUUGUAACCUUACAUAUAAUAGUGCUCUAUAAUCAUGUGUUUUUAUAUUUUCCUACACAAUUUGUCUUUCUUUCCUUUUUUAUUUGUGUGCAGACCCAAAUAAAGAGAUAAAUGAUUUGCAA